CGCGUUACCUCGUGACCGAUACUUUUCUCGUAGGCAGUGUCGGCACUCGGCAGGUAUAGCUACCUGCUCGGCGGUCGUCUAUCGUCUUUUUCGAGAACACGAAGACAUCCAAGCAACAAAUGAUGGGCUAGGACAGUCGUUAUAAUGGAGAUCCCUGCCAUUCUGCUGCUCCAUGAGGAGUACGGCAAACUUAAGGCUGGGAUCUCCUCCGUACACAGGCAGCUGGUAGGAACACUCCGGGAACACGUGCCAGACAUACCUUUGUACAGUACUGUUUUAAAGGCAACUAAGGAGGACAAACAAGAUGCAUGCAAUGAUGGAGUGGAACUUUUACUGCCUAGUCUCUACUCAGAAGACGCAAGGACUCCAUCUCUGGCCUGGUUGACUUUUGACCACGUUGGUAGAUACCCACACAUUCCCUCCAAAGUAAGGAGCAUUGUCGGACAUUUUGACAUCACAAGCAGGGCUGCAAUCAGGAUAAAGAAAGAACGGUUUCAAGAUGCAAAAGUCAUCCUCUUUGCCCAUGACAUACCGGAGGAUACUGAGUACUACAAAGGAGAGGAGGAGGCCAAGGGCAUAGGUAAGAAGGAAAAGUCCAUCCUUGAAGAUGCACAAGAGGCUGAUGUGGUCCUUUCCCUUGGAAACAAGAUUUUUGACCAUUUUCAAAUCCAGUUCAGCGCUAUACCUGCCAAUAAGCGACCUGACCAUUUUAAGUUUGUUCCAAGGUCUUCAAAGAUCUUUGAAGAUGCACAGACUGAAUACAAGAAGUCAGAGAUAAUGGUGGUCCUGUCUAUUGGCAUCGUCACAGGUGUCGAGAAAGUGAUGGGACUUGACCUUGCUGCUGGGGCCCUUAGCAUUGUUGCAGAGAAAAUUAAUAUUAAAUGGCGUGUCUGUGUCGUCAGCAAAGAUGACGUUCAAACAAGCAAGGCAAUCAUUGAUCGCAGUAAAUCCGCUAACUUACCAAUGACGCUCCAACAUUGUGACUCACUGAUGGACAUCCACCAACACAUGAUGCAGGCCCACCUGGUCCUGAUACCCUCCCGUGCUGAACCGUUUGGACUAAUUGGCUUGGAGGCCAUUGCUGCUGGCGUUCCUGUUCUUAUUUCAAGCAGGUCUGGAUUAGCAGACCUGAUUCGUGAACAUGUAAAUGACCUACAUAACUCCAUUGUUGACAUGGAUGAAAGUGAAGAUAGUGCCAAUGUAAAUCACUGGGCUAAAAACAUUAAGAGAGUGUUGGAAAACAACAAGGCAGCAUUUGAAACAGCAGCAAGAUGUAGGAGGGAGCUUCUGUCCACAGAGUACUGGAAAGAGUCUCAUCAGGAAUUCAUCAAAGCCUGUACGGAUGGAGGGAAUGGAAUGCCACAACCAGCUCAAGUUGAGAGGAGAAAGAGAAGUGCUUCUACAGCAGAGUCUGGUGAUGGUGCUAAAGCCUCAAAGCCAGAAAUGCCUCCUCUCUUGCCCAUUAAGGUGGAGAUACUCGAACAAGUGAAACCUAGUGUCAAGACCCCUAAGCAUAUGAGGAACUUUGCCACUGCAAGCGAGAUCCUUCUAACUGAAAUCACCAUGACAGAUGAAACUCUUGCUUUGCUAAGACAGGUAGUGCCAGAAAUCAAAACUGUAGAUGAUGUACUUGACAUUAUUGAAUCAAUCAAGACACUUGAGAAAAUCAAAGGUGUUGAUGUCAGAAGUGUGAGAAGUGGCUGCUUAGCAUUCUACCUGCAAUGUACAGACUUGGCUGGGCUAUGCAAACUCUGGUUUAUGUACAGAGGUGGGGAACUGAGCAACAUGCUUUUCAGUUGUUUGUUAAGUGAGGUUAGAUCACAGCUUGGAAAGAGAAUCACAGUGAAGGCAACCAUCAAUGUGGAGGACUUCAGGAAGGCCAUGUUCUACAGACUCACCACAUCUGCUGCUAAAGGUUUGGAUCAUACCACUUCUGUGGACAACAUCAUGACGUUGCCAUCCCCCACAAGACAUGUGGACCAUUCCAGUCUGAUGGGCCUGGACCUAGCUAGGUUCAGCAGGAAGGAUCAGGCUGAUAAAGGCACAGUAGAUAUAAGUAUACACUCAGUGACCUUUACAGCCAGACAAGUACAGACAGCUCUACAACAGGUGAGAAAAACAGAACAAAGGCUCAGUCAGCUAAAACACCAACUACAGCUACAAGUAGAGAAAGAAAGUUCAGAAGCUCAGAUCCGAAGUUUGAGCAAGCAGGUAACAAUGCUAAAAGAGGAGAAGGAGAAAGCACAGAAAGUCCUGUUGGCACACAAAGUGACAAUAGAACAGUUACAGAACACAGAACAAAAGGUGAGUCAGCUAGAAUUACAGCUACAGACAGCCAAAGAGGGGUCAGAAGAUCUGAUGCGUAGACUAAGCAAGCAGGUAACAAUGCUUACAGAGGAGAACGAGAAAGCACAGAAAGAUCUUGUGGAAAACAAGACGACAAUAGAACAGUUACAGGAUAUCAAUAAGACAAGAGUAGACACACUCACUCACAUAAUUGAGAAACUGACAGAUGAAAAAGAAAAACUGUCUAAUCGUAAUGAGAACCUUCAAGAUGAAGUCAGAACACUGAGAGAGAAUAAUGAGGCAUUGCAGAAGCUUCUCUCAGAGAAGACCCAAGAACUCCAACUAGCACAGGAAACAAGUGAGGACACAGCAGCCAAGCCAGAAUCCCUUUUUGGCCAGCUGAAGGGCAAGCAGACAAUGGAGCGUCAAAAUCAGGCGGAUGACUCAAAGAGAAAGGAGAAACAGCCUGCGCCAGAGGAAUUUUCUAGUGAAGCAAGCAAAGAAGAACAAACAGAUUCAUCAUCGGCCACAAAUCAGGCAUCUGAUAAGACAGAGCAUCCCACCAUGAAAGACCGGGAGACUGCUGUACAACAAGAAAUGUCAACAAAUAUCCUGCUUGUGGGCUGUAAGAACAAUGGCAAGAGCCACACAGGCAACGCCAUCUUAGAACAUGAGGUUUUCAGAGUCACCAGGAGAGGAGGAACAGAAAAGUCCAGCCUGGGCAGCAGCAGCCUUGAGGUUGAUGGAGUCAGCAGGAAGGUGACAGUAGUCGACACCCCCGGAGUCUCCCAUGAGAUGACUGAGUCUGAGUUUGAGGAGCUGGUCCGAGCUGUGAAGAUGAUUCCUGAGGGUUUUGAUGCCAUCUGUCUGGUCUGGGACUACAAGGACUCUCAGAGGAAUGAAGACAAGGAGGUCCAAGUGUUCCAGUCCCUCCACAGGCUGUUAGGUGAUGGACUGUAUGAGCAUCUUGUCAUCCUGGUCACACAUGCUCAGCAGGAGGAUAUCCCAGAGUUCCUUGAAGGACUGCCAAAGGACAAGAAAGAAAUUACUGAACAAUGCAACAACAGGGUCAUUGCAAUUGAAAAUAGAGGUAAUUUAGCAAACAAGCAGGAGACAUUAAAAACUCUUAUUGAGUGUAUCUCUGAAUUGUCUAAUAGAGCUAGAAGGUCUACAUACAGUUAUUCUUGUCCUCAGAAGAGGAAAAUUCACCUGGGAGGAGGCUGA